ACAUGACUGAACGAUUUAUCUUCCCGUGUUUUCGUAUGUAACUGCUAGACGGCAAUUUACAUGACGUCAUUGAAAGUGGAAUUCCGUGCUGGAUGCAGUAGCUUGCCAGGAGUGGAUGUCGAUCGUGGGUCAAUUUUAUUUCCACGUGAUAGGUGUUGGUGUUUUGCUUGUCGAAUCGGGCACUGUGGAUAGUUGAAACGUAAUAUCGGCCAACAUUUGGGAUUUAUAUAAGAAAAAAAAGAGGCAAAAAAACCAAAACCCCCCCAACAAAAAACAGUUGCAUAUUCUCUACCUAAAAUUGGUCGUCUCCUUUUUCCAGAAGCCGCAGUUUAAGAUCAUAUUUGCAUAAUGGGUAGGAAAAAGAUUCAGAUAACUCGCAUAAAUGAUGAACGGAACAGACAAGUAACAUUCACAAAGCGUAAAUUUGGACUUAUGAAAAAAGCUUAUGAACUGUCUGUGCUGUGUGACUGUGAAAUUGCACUGAUAAUCUUCACAAGUGGAAACAAAUUGUACCAGUAUGCUAGCUCUGAUAUGGACAAAGUACUGCUGAAGUAUACUGAGUACAAUGACACAGUAGUCAGCCAAACCAACCGAGACAUAGUAGAGCUUUUAAAUAAGAAAGACAAAGGCAAUGAUAGUCCUGACCAAGAAGAUGAAUAUGUGCUGACUCCUCACACAAUGGAAAGCUAUAAACGAAUUGAUGCUGAGUAUGCUAGAGUUAUGCAGCAACCACCGCAACAGACUCCAACUUCAGUGACGUCUUAUCCUUCAGUUCCUGCUUCUGUACCUGUUGGUAACUUCUCAAUCCCUAAUUCUGGUAUAAACAGUUCUCAGGCAGCUUCAUCUGUGUCGGCUGCAACUGGUCAAAAUACAGUUCUUUUGUUACCUUCUAAUCAGAAUGGUCAGUCUACAAUUUCUGCAAUACCAGCUAGCUACAGUCCUGUGCCUUCCACAUCAGUAUCGCUAUAUUCAGGUUCAAAAAGUGGUGGAGAUUCAUCCAGUUCUCCAGUUACCGCCACUCGUUCUCUACAGAUACCAUCCCAAGCCACAGAAGACAGCAAUUCUCCUGGAGCACAUUCUUCACCUGGUCCAUCUUUAGUUACUACAUUGGUUAACAAUAAAGAUGUUACUGACUUAAGUACUACCAGUGCAGGACAUUUACUACAAACUAAAUCUAGACCAGAUUUAAGAAUACUCAUACCGCCAAAGUUAACCAAUGAUAUUAAUAUUCGUGGAGGCUUGAGUGCCCUGGAUACACCUGUCGUAUCUGUAGCCACACCUGGAAGUACAAUGACUAAUCCGUCCCAGUUAGCAGAUGAUGCCCAGUUCAGUGCAGACUUAGCUGGUUUCAUAGGUAGCAACAAAACGUUUCUAACCCAAUGGGCGACUCAAGGUUCAGCUCAUGGUCCAAGUCUACAACUAUCUGCCAGCUCAAUUCAUACAACGGAAAGUGGAAAAAUCAAAAGUGAACCAGUCACACCACCUCGAGAUUCAACAUCCCCAAAUAUAUCCACUCAUCGCUUACAAACAGUUGUUCCACAUCUGUCUCCAAAUCAUCACAAUCCAUCUCCCUCAUUACAUCCCGUCCUCCAUCACCCUAUCAAUGUCACAGAUCACGACGAUCAACCAUCAGCUGAAAAAAAGCCUAGGGUAACAACUGGGGAUUGAUAAACAAGAUCAUUAGUCCAUAAAUCCAUUUUCAUGUAAUCCUUGAUCUGUCAAACUAAUGUUUAUAUUAUUACAUUUGCUACCUUGCCAGUAGGCAGGUUGACUGAGUCAUAUCCCCAGAGUUUGCUCUGCUUGGUGAGUAUCAUCUGUUCUACAAAGAUAAAAAAAAUAUAUAUAUUAAAGAGUUGGUCUCUAGGUUGCCUUCAGAAUUGUCAGAACAAAUUCAUCCUGGAAUGCCCAGAAUUACAAAUGUGCUCACUAGCAUUGAAACUGUCAAAUUUAAAGAAAUGACCCAGUCACUGUUGAGUUGUAUGUUUUAGCAUGCAAUUUUUAUCUUUUAAUUUCAUUGGGUGAGAGUAUUAUUUAAUAAUUACAAAAAAAAAAAAAAAAAUUAAUAAAAAAAAAUAGAACAUUUAUAGUUUAUCAGACAAAUCAUCUUUUAUAAACAUAAAAUGUGUGUAUAUCUGUGUGUGUAUGUGCAUCCGUAUAUACAUACAUUAGUGUACACACACACACACACAAUCCUCCAUUCACAUACAUAUACACACCCACAGAUAAACAUGUCAGGGAGAUUGCAUACUUUAGCAUCGUUUUCUUACAUGCACGUUUGUAAAAUAUUGUUUGUGUGCAUGUAAAACGUAUGAAUGAACAAUUAUUGUGCGCCUGUGUUCUCAACUAAUUCAGUGUGAUAUUGCUGUUAUCAAGUAGAUCUAAUCACUUGAUUUACAUAUUUAUAUUGUUGGAAAUAUUUCAUAUUUGAGAUAUAGUUGCUGGUUUUUUCUACACUCAACGGUAAUAGCAACUAAUAUUAUUGAGAUCAUUAGAUUAUAGAUUAACUUCAAACUGCUACGUAGGAAAAGAAAUUAAAUUAUUAAGCAGCCAACAGUUUUCUUUUAAACGUUUUUUGUGGAAUCAAAUACUAAGAUUUUUAAGCGUUACAUAGAUAUCUAUAACUUGAACCUUAGGAAGGCUUGCCAUAGAUUGAAAUCAAUGUGUAUAAAUUUGUAAACGUAAUUUAUCUUGUUUCAUUGUUAAUUGCCAUAUGGUUGUACCAUACCAGACCAAAUAUAUAUAUAUAUACAUAUAUAUUUUUAUGUAAUUUUUUAUAGAAAAUGUACAUGCUUAAUCUAAUUAAUGUCAUGCAAAAUACCAACAAUGAAAAUUUAGCUCCAACAAUAAUUAAUUAAUUGGUUAUAAAAUCAAUUUUAUAUUUUUUGUAUAUUUAUCAUGUACGCUUUUUCAAGUAUUUAUUUUUAAUUGUUGCCUCUUGUUCCUGGCAGAAAAAGUUCUAAAAAAAAAAAACCAUGGAAUAUUUAUAAACAUUUUGUAGUAGUUAUAUCAGCAAGAGAUACAUAUUGAUAUUGUUUUCUAGAAAUAUUGCUGCUUUCCACAGUUUUCAAAAUACAUUUAAAACAUUGUACGAAUGUUUUAUCUGUUAAUUCAUUGGCAAUAGAGUAGGUUGUUAUCAUGACAAGCUCUUUCGUAGUUUUCAUGUCGAUACAUCUAUUUCAUCAUAAAGGCUUGUGAUGAUCUUCUAAAGGUAAAUUUUACACAAAAAAGAUUAAAUUUACUAUUCAUUAGAUGAUUCUUCCUCCUCAAUUUGUUUCACUCUCACUCUCUCAAAUAUAGAAUUGUUUUCCAGCUGUAAUAGAUAUUUUACAACAAAAAUUUGAAAUCAAUUUUACAACUAGUGUCAUUUAGAUUUUUAGUGUUUGAACUAAUAAAAUUUGCUGAAGUUGAUUGGCAGCAUUGGUUCUCUAGAUUUAACAUCUAUUAGUUAACCUGUUCGUUAACAAUGAAAAUGGUAAUUUAUGAAAAUAUCUUUUGGAAUGUAACAAAAUGAUCAAAAAAUUAGUCCGCUGUGUUCAGCUAAUAAAUAUACAUAAUAUUACUCAGCGCUAUUAGUAAAAAUCAGUAGUUAGUAAAAUAAGUUGCUUGCUAUUGAUAAAUCAAUGCACAUAGGUGACUGAAAGAGACUGUGAUGAGCUUUUUAUCCACUCCUGUGGUCUAUGUUCUUUAUAAAAAAAAAAAUAUUCAACAUAAUCUCUAAGUUAAUAGCAAAAUGUGAACAUAUCUUGAUCUGUUAUUUUCAUCCUGUUUUUACAUAUUCAAAAGACAUGAACAUUUGUCUGAUUAAAAAUUGUUUGAUGAAAUAGUGAAAGAAGAAUUUUCUAUAAUGGAUCAAGAUUUUUAUACUGACAGGCCAUUCCCUUUCAAAUUUACUCCAUUUCGCAAAUGAUUUAUUUUCUAAAGAUAUUACACACGGAUUUGUUUUUAAUGUAAAUAUUUCUGUAACCGAAUAGGUACUAACCAUUGAUUUAUCUCUUUCAUUUGAACUUUUAACAGACAUCACUUCUUUUGUUAACAGAUUUAUUUAUUUAUCUCUGCAUAUUAUUGACACAUUAAUUCGUUAAUGUCAAAAGGCUAAAUUAUUUCUGAUGGGACUUCAUGAUUCUGAGUUUGAUUUCCAUGUAUUGUCCUCUGAAAGAUAUUUAGUUAGUUAAAUAAUUUUUUGUAAUGUUUAAUGCAUGGUUAAUGUUGAAUGCUUGAAUGUGCUUACAAUUUAUAUUCAUCUUCCUUAAAGUUUUUUUUAGUUUAUCAGUUUAUUUUUUACAAUAUAUUUUUUCUUAAUGUUAUUAUGUUAUAAAAUUUAUUUGAAUAAUUAUAGCUUAUGAUUUUUGUUUUUUCAAAAAAUCAGUUCUGUAAAAAUUUUAUUUUGUAUUCAAUUGCCUUCUUAAAAAGUAAUUAAAUCCUUUAGAGCUUAAAGAUUUGAUUAUAUUUUAUAUUUAAUUACAUUUUAUUCAAGUCAAGCUUGUAAGUAACACUAACAUAAAUACUAACGGUAUCAAGUAAAUAAAAUACUAUAACAAUCUCUACGAAAAUACCUGUAAUUUUAGGAAUUAAUUUGGAAAUUUGAAAACCAAUCCUUCUGUACACUUUACUCAGUUGAAGUUCAGUGGUUAAAUAUAAAAUUACUGCUUGAAUACUGCUGCUAAUCAGGUGUAAAGGGACAUGACUUGCAUUAGUCAUAAAAAUUUCUAUUCGAGUUCUAUUCACAUAUUAUAGAACAAAAUUACUCAGAAGUUUAGAACUAUUCACCGUCAUCUUUGUGUGGAAGUGUAUGUGCAUAAUUGUUUUUUCUCUCAAAUUCUCAAAUGUUGCAAAACAUUAUGAAGUAAGCUCAGAAAUCAUUUGUUGUUUUAUAUGAAAAUGAAUUAUGUUUUAAUAUUUUAAAAAUUAUGUUUUUUACAAUGGUUGUAUUUGUAUUUAAACAAAGUAGGACAUUGGAUGGCAGAAUUGUUAGUGUCAAAGAAAAUACUUUGCAGUAUUUAGUCACAGCCCUUUAUGUUCUGAGUGCAAAUCCUGCCGUGAUUAACUUUGCCUUUCAUCCUUCCGGGCUCAAUAAAACGAGUACCAGUCAUGUACUGGUAUUUAUAUAAUCAAUUGUUCUCUUCUCCAGAAGUUUCUGGCUUUGUGCCAUGUUAGAACUAAUUCUCAUUUAAACAAAGUAGAAUACAAAAUAAUACCUUGAUAAUUAUGGGGGGGUCUGUUCCUCUUUCUCCUCUUUCAAAAAUAUUGAAGUUUUCUUAAUCAAUAGAAAUGAUUCCUUAUUACUAUUAUCCUUUCUUAGUUUUAACAUUUAUACUAGAGAGUGUUUGUAUGAAGCAGUGAAUUACAAUUCAUAAUAUUGUCUUUAAUGCAUUUUAUGCUGUUUUAAUUUGACACUUACACUAGAUCUCUAAUAUUCUAGCCAUUUCUAAGUAGUUUUGAGAUAUUCCAUUCUAAUUUUUAUCUUGAUUAACUGUUUGUCUAACCUAGUACAUAAUACUGUUCCUAACACUACUGGUAUUACAUCUAUUUCAGCAAUUAUAUAGCUGCUAUCUCAGACUUGAGGCGUUAGUACUUAAUUUUUUUGGUAUUUUUUUUUUCCUUUUCGCUCUGUUACUCCCAGGAAUUACAAUGUUGAUUCUCUUGUCUAUGCUAGCAUCAUCUGGUUGCUUAACCCUCUAACAUUUUGGUUUUAUUGAAUGUUGAUAUCAAAGAAUUUAUACACUUUUAGACUAAUUUAUACAUGAUGGCUGGAGGGCCUCUGUUUCUUCUUUCAAAGUUCUUUUCUACACAGUAUUCAUGCCAAUAUCAAUUUUGCCUUCCAUCAUUCAGAUGAUAUAAUCAAUUGUUCCCUCAACCAGCAAAAAAUAAAUUUCUGCUGAAUAAGAAUUGUUACUAUUAUUAUUAUUGAAUUAGCAAUCAUAAGAACACCAGACAAAAUGCUUUGCAGUAUUUGUUUGAGUUCCAUCUUCUGAGGUCAAUUUUGCCUUAAAUCCUUCCAGUGUCAGUAAAAUAAAUACCAGUCAGGUAAUGAUGGGGUCAAUAUAGUCUACUACUCCAACUACUUCAAAGUUUCUGCUUUGUGCCUAUUUAAGAAAAAAUUAGUGGAGCACAGGAUUAAGUACUUUAUGAUAUUUAGAUUAAUUCUUCAAAAUCUUGCCUAAUUUAGCUUUGCCUUUCAUUCUUCCAGAUUCAUAAAAUAUACAAAUGGAAUUGACCAUGCUCUUCUUUUGGACAUAAGCCUUGUACCUCAAUAAAAAAAAUAUCUCUCUUUUAAAAUUUUGAUUCAACUUUAGUGCAUGCAGUGUUGUUUUCUCUAAGUGUGCUAGAUGUGUUGUUUGUAGAGAUUCUUCCAUAGUGUGUACGAUGCUUAGUUUCAUCAUUUUUUUUUUUAGAAUGCUUAUAUGACAUUUGGAACCUUGUUUUUACUUAUAUUUAAUUUUACUAAUUCUUAAUACUCUUAUUUUCAUGAGUUUAAUUUCUAUUUAUAAUCCCAUACGCAUCUAUUUUACAUCUACUUCUAGGUUCUAUCUUGAGUCUCUCAACUCCAAAUUUUGUCAGGGGAGUUGGAUAUAUUGAUCAAAAGACAUGCUUUCUAAAUUCAGUCUUCAAUGAUAUUGGCUGUUUGUGUUAAUUUUCAUACUAGUUUUCUUGGACUUAAAUCAGUGUAUUGUUACGAAUAGCAGUUUUUACUAAAUGUCUACAUAUUUUCUAACCUGUUUUGAUAUCCAGUCAACAUCUGUGGCUAAGAUUGGACAGCUUGACACAAAUGUGGUCAAUUGUUUUCUGGUACCCACCCACUGCACCAUCAGUAAUCAAACGAUGGAAAGUGAAGUAAAUUGUUAUUUUUAUACAUAGAAUUUGAUUAAAGCAUAGGUAUAAUAGAAUCACUUGAAUUUGACUUUGAAAUACUUCAAAUGAAAUACAUACUGUGGGAUACAUUGAUACUAAUUAAUGUUAUCAUCUGAUAGAGAACUUGAUACAGAUAGUUAAUUUUUUUUUAUUUAUUUAUAAGAAAAAUUUACUGUCACAAGUUUUGCCUUGGAGUGGCUUAUUCAAAUAUGCCUCUCCAUGGUAUGAAACUUGUCACUGUUUUUUUAAAAUUAUAUAUUAAUUUUCAUUUUUUAUGUCAAGUUAUACAAAAACAGUUUAACAUUAAACUGAAGACUUACUCAGUACAGUUUAGUAGAUUCAGGUUUAUUGAUUUUUUACAAGGAAAAGGUUGGUAGUAAUUUCGAUGUUUCAGCUUGUCCACUGUAAUCUAGGUAAGCAAACUAAAACUUUGAAGUUACUGUCAACCUUUUCCUUGUAAAAAUUAUAUGUACACAGACACACACCACACUCACACAUGGUUAUAGUUUCAAGGUGUUUAUUUUUAAGAGAAGUUAGAAAAUUCAAUAAAAGAAAAGUGGAACAGUCCAACUGUAACUGAAAUAUAAUUUCCUUAUCUAGAGCAAUGUUUUAUCUUUACUUUUCAAGACUAUAUAUAUUUUGCUUUUGUUUAUCUCAGAUAUUCUACUUAAUUUUAUAAAUAUCAAAGCAUGUCAGUUUUUGUGGUUUUCCUGAGGGAUUGUUUCAGCCUUCUUCAUGGUUUUAUUGUUCCUAAUUUUAUGCCCCAUAUUUUCCAUCUUUGGUAAUUAUAUCAACUUUUAAACUCUUUCGCUGCUAUUAUUUGAUCAAAAUGGUUAUUAUUUUAUUGAUAUUAAGAAAAAGGGAAAUCUUUCAAGAGAGAUCAACAUCAAUUUUAAUUCCUUUAUAAAUCAAAGCCAAGUAUUAUUGAGGUAGUAAGAGUCUUUCGUUCCCAUCUUAGUAUCCUUCUAAGAAGAUGGUUUAAGUUAUUAGGUUAUAAAGUUAUGGAAAUAAAAAUAACUACUUAUGUGAAAUUCUGAUAUAUGCUGAUCUCUUCUGACAUUAUGGUGUUCAUCUUAUUAAAAUAAGAAUGAAUAAUGUUUAAAAUGUGUACCAUUAUAUAUUCUGAUCUCAGCAUUAUUUCAUAAAUGAUGUUUUCUUUCAGUCUGAAUAUUUUCAGUUUAAGAUAUUGUUUGCAAUAUUUUAUUUGGUAUAUUUUAAGGGUUGCUCUGUGUGUGUGUCUGCACGUGUGCGUGUAUGUGUGUGUGCAUUUUUGAUUGAGGAUACAAUUUAGUUUUCAAAUUAAUUGAUUGGCAUUAGUGAAUGUACAUUACAUCUUUACAAUCCUGUUAGUAACUUAAUUGUUAAAUUAGUCUGUUGACUAAUUUUGAAAUCAUAAACAAGUUAACUCAGAUACAUACCGUUUUGCGUCUUGUAAGAAUGGGAAUUUUAAUUUUUUUUUUCAUAUAGUAAAUUUGAAUUUGAGACUGUUUUAACCUUGUAAAUUUAUGUUGGUCGUAUUCUUCAUCACCAUAAAAAAAAAGAAAAAAAAAAGAUAUCUAUAUAUAUGUUUGAGCCUGACAGUAUAUUCUCUUACAUUAUUCUAAAGACUGUUUGUUCAUUGUAUUUACUAAUUGGUAAAGAAAAGUUCAUCACGAUUUUUGUCAGCUACAAUUUUGAAAUUUAAAUUAAGAUUCUAAAAUAAAUGCAGUCAUGAAUAUCGGUGAAUUUGUAAUUCCUUUAAUAAAUGAGAUAAUACCUUAGAAAGUUGUAGUUAGUUUUUGUCGGCUAAAUCACUAUAGAAAAUCCAUGUAAAUAGUUAGUCAUUGGGCACUUUUCAAAGCAUUUUGAAAUAAACCAGUUAACUGUUGUUGUUGUAUCAAAAAGCUCUCUAUAGUUUAGAUUUAAAACCUAUGUUUACUCAUUUUUUUUCCAGAUGCAAUAAUAGUAUUGUAUUAGCUCUAAAAUUAGUAGUCCAAUAUUUAGCAUUGUCUAAACCUCGAGAUAUAAUUAUGGGUUUUCAUGUAACUAUUAAAUAAUUUUCUAAUUAAAAACUAAAAUUCUAUUUCACACAGCUUCUGCUACUGACUCUCUGUUGAUGAAAAGCAAGUAGAUCGCAUUCAAAUAAAGUUAGUUUGAAAAAAAAAAAAUUUAAAAAACGAAAAAGAAUUGAUAUUACUACUUAUAGUUUUUAUAUCAACUUAAUUAAAAUUUUAUCAGAAUUAUAUACUAAUAUUUUUUUUUGUUUUGAAUGUAUACACACAUAUACAUAUAUAAAAAAAAUUACUAAAACAGAUACAUACAUGUAUGCAUGUUUGUUUUAUCAUUGCUUUUUAAUAAGUUUUUUUAAUGUUUGAUGCAUAAUUUUAAAAUAUUUUUUUAACACUAAAGUUUUAGGUUUUAAGUUUUCUUCUAAAUUAAACUUUUGAUAACUAUUUUGUAUGAACUAGAUUGGAUGAAUUUAAUACUUUGAAUUUCAUGGGCAAUGAAAAUCAUUGUUUUCCUGUUUUAUGAUAUAGUUUUAUCACUAUAAUUCUCUAAUUAAUUAUUAACAGUUUCAACAUUCUUAGGCAUGAUGUCACUGUUAGAAUUAUGUAUAAGAAGUAAAGAUUCUGAGGUCAAUGGCAUCUUGGCCAAAUGUGUGUGUAUCAUCACUAUCAACUGGACUAAUGAAAAUUGUUAUACACCACUGGCCACAAUACAUUUCCUUGCAUUGUUGGAGCUUUCAAAUGAUGCCACCCUGCUGGCUAGGAAAGACAGGCCAACAUACCUCUUGAAUGGUGCAGGGUACCCAUUUACAGCUGAGCGGACUGCAGCAAUGUAAAAUGAAGUGUUUUGCUCAAGAGCACAGUGCACUGCCAGUCUGGGUAUUCAGACCAUGAUCUUGCAUUCACAAGUGCAAUACUCUACCCAUUAGGCCACAUGCCUUCACACACACAAACUAUAUGGAUUUAUUAUUGAUCAAAACAUGAACUAUUUAAGCAAUAAUCUAGAAAUUUUUACUAUCACAAAUUUCUGAAUUUCAAUUAUAUAAUGGAUAGAUUUUCUUUCAGUUUUAGCAUGUAACAGCAUUUCUCUUCUCUGAAAGAAACUUAAAUUUAAUUAUAUAUUUACAUAUUUUUAAGUAAGUUUACUUAUGUGUUUGUAUGUAUAAAGACAUAUAUAUAUAUAUGUAUAUUGUGUGUUUGUGUAAUUGCACACAUACAUACAUACACACACAUACACGAGUAUGUGUGUAUGUAUGUGUAUUUGAGUGUAUAUACAACUUCUGAUUUUACAUUGUAUUAAACGGCCCAAAACACUUAUAUUUUUUUUAUUGCAUGACAGGAAAUAGCAGCUAUCGAAAUUAUUUAAAAUGAAAAAAAAGAGGAAAAUAGCUACUCUUAUAGUCUUUCAAAUAUAAUUAACAUAUAUUUGUCUAAACACUUUGUGUGCUUGAAUGGUUGAAACUAACUGUGUGUCCUGAUGUAGAAAAAAAAAAUAUCUGCUUAGUUGUGAUUUGUUUCAAUCAACUCUAGAUACCCCUAGUACGAAAAAAGUUUGCUUUUCUUUGUUGAUUUCCCCACUUCCCCAUACUACUUUUUUUUUAAACAUUUGUUAUUAUUUAAGUUGAUUUAUCAACAAGACUCGGUCCAUCUAAACACUGACUUUUGAAAGCUCUGAUCAUUAUGUACACCUGAUUUGCGUGGAAAGUUAUUUUAAUCAUGGUUUAUUUAAUUUCUUUUCUAAAAAACAAAAUA